AUGGAAGAGAUACUGUUAGAGCAAAAAUAUAUAGACAUAGCAAUAUAUGAAGAGAAAUUUGAAAGAAUGUUUACAAGUAGAGAGGCCUUGAUUGAUUGGGUUAAAACUGUUGGUAAGAGAUAUAACAUGAUUGUUGUUAUGAAAAAGUCCGACUUCGGCCAAGUUGGGAGAAAACCAAGAAUUGAUUUUGCAUGUGAAAGACAUGGUUCAUAUAGGUGUAGGAAUACUAACAAAGAAAAUGAAAAACGAAAGAGACGAAGAACUACCGAAACAAAAAAAUGUGGAUGCCCAUUCUUAUUGAAUGGAAGAAAAUUGAUAAAUGGUGAUUAUUGGAUAUUGAAAGUGAAAUGUGGGAGAGAUAAUCAUGACAUUGCCCAAAACCUUGAAGGACAUUCAUAUGCUAGGAGAUUAACUGAGAAAGAGACUUCAAUUUUAGUAGACAUGUCAAAGAAUCAUGUAAGACCAAAGAAAAUAUUAUAUACAUUGAAACAAAAUGAUGACACAAAUGUUAGCACAAUGAGGCACAUCUACAAGGCACGUCAGAAGUUCAUGCUCAAAGAACAAGCUGGAAGGACACAAAUGCAACAACUAAUGAAUAGACUUGUUGAGAAUAAGUACAUAGAGUUGCACCGCACCUACAUGGAGACGAAUAUAGUUCAAGAUUUAUUCUGGGCACAACCAUAUUCAAUAGAUUUGUUGUGGGCUUUUCCUCGUGUGAUAAUUAUGGAUUGCACGUAUAAGACAAAUAGGUAUCGCCUACCGUUGUUGGAAAUAGUAGGUGUCAUUUCUACUGAUUUAACAUUUUCGAUCGCUUUUGCAUACUUGGGAAAAGAACGUGAGGAAAACUACGCAUGGGCUUUAGGGAGAUUGAAGAGUCUAAUGAACGAUAUAAUAAUGCCUAGUGUUAUUGUUAUUGAUAGAGAGCUAGCUCUAAUGAAGGCCAUUGAAAAAAUAUUUCCAACAUCUACUAAUAUUUUAUGUAGAUGGCACAUUUCAAAGAAUGUGUUGGCAAAAACAAAAAAAUAUUUUGACAAUCACAAGGACCAAUGGGAUGCCUUUAUGCAUAUGUGGAAUUUGUUAGUGCUUUCAACAUCCAUAGAAGAGUACAAACAAAAUCUAAAUAUCUUAUAA